UCGCAUCCUCCUCUCCUUCUGCCUCCUCUUCUUCUUCUUUUUCUUCAUCUUUCUCCUUCUUCUUUCUCCUCCUCCUCCUCCUUCUCUUCCUUCUUCUGCUCCUCUUCUUUUUCUUCUUCUUUAUCUUAUCUUUCUUUUAUUGCUGAUUAUUAUUUUUUUAACAACUGAGAAAGACAAAACAACCUUUAAGACGCCGACUUUCCUCCGGUUCUUUUGAACAGCGCGAGAAGUGACACUUUGCGGUGUUUUCGCAAUUUUGCGGCGUUUUUGGUUUUUCACGCUUUUUGUUGAUUUUUUUUUUAUUUUGCGCGGUUUGUUCUUUUUCUUUUUCUUCGCAUCUCUCGUGAUGUUGCAACGCGAUGCGAAGCGCGUGGGCAUUUUUAUUUAAUUUUGCAUCUUGAUUUUUUUUUUUGCAAUAUUACAUUAGCGUUAUUAUUUUUCGCUCGUGCGAUUUUCUCCAUUGCACGUGCGUGCGCGCGCCCGCCCGCCCGACACGGCGAAAGCAGCAAGCGAGCGAGCAAGCAAGAGAGAUUCAGAAAGCGAGCGAGCUAGCGCGAGGGAGAAAGAAGGAGAGAGUUGCGGCGCGGAGAUGGUCGCGCGACGGCUUUUUCUAGUGCACGGUGCACCAUCGUCCUCCUUACACUUUCUCCCGACACCGAUUCCGUGCAGUUUUUAAGUCGGAUUUUUUUUUUUACAAAAUAGAAAUACCUCCCUCCCCUCCUCCUGCUCCUCCAAACCGACCCCCUCUCCUCUCUUUCCCCCUCCUCACUCCCUCUUUCUCUCUUUUUCUUUCUCUUUCCAAGCAAAGCAUUACAUUUAUUUAAAACUCCCUCGCGCCAGGGCUCUUUUUCCUCUCUUUUUCUCUGUAUUUCUUUUUUCUUUUUUCUUUUUUUGAGUGUUUUGGUUUUACCCUCUCACGCACUGAACGCCGUCCUCCUUCCCCCCCGUUAGGAUGUCGCGCCGCAAGCAGGCAAAACCAAGAUCACUGAGAGUAGAAGACAAUGUGACGGAGGACCAGCAGACUCCUGGGCAGGCUGCCAUUCAAAGCGAUCCCGAGUGUGCCCCCGAGAGGGUGAGCGAGGAUGCUGAGGACGGGCGUCUGAGGAGGCAGAGGUGCUCUCCUGAGGAAGGGGACGAGGCGGAGGAGGAGGACGAGGAGUACAGCUGCCACGCCUGCCGGCAGGUGUUCGGCUCACUGAGCGAUCUUACCCAACACAAGAUUAAUCAAUGCCAGCUGACAGAUGGUGCUGAUCUAGAAGAUGACCCUUUGUGUUCCUGGCCUGCCUCUUCACCGUCUAGCAAAGACCAGACAUCUCCAGCCCACGGGGAUGACUACGAUUUCGGUGAAGACGAAGGAGGCCCUGGCCUGCCCUAUCCGUGCCAGUUUUGUGACAAAUCUUUUAGUCGCCUGAGCUUCCUCAAGCGCCACGAGCAGAGCCAUAGCGACAAGCUCCCCUUCAGCUGCACGUUCUGCAGCCGUCUGUUCAAGCACAAGCGCAGCCGAGACAGACACGUCAAGCUCCACACCGGCGACAAGAAGUACCACUGCGGCGAGUGCGACUCUUCUUUCUCACGCAGCGACCACCUCAAGAUCCACAUGAAGACUCACGCCGCAAACAAGCCGCAUAAAUGCCCCGUGUGCCGCCGAGGAUUCCUGUCCUCCAGCUCCCUCCAUGGACACAUGCAAGUGCACGAACGAGGGAAGGAUGGUCAGGGCACGGGGCUUUCCCGAACGGAGGAGUGGAAAGUGAAGGAAACUAGAAAGUGCAGCCGUUGCGAAGAAGGAUUCGAUGUGCCAGAGGAGCUCCAGAAGCACAUUGCGGAAUGCCAUCCUGAAUGCUCGCCUCCCGAGGAAGGGAGCCUGGGGCCUGGCCUGCAGUGCAUCUAUUGCCACGAGCCAUUUAGUGAUGAGGGUACUCUACUGAGCCACAUUGACCAGGUGCACGGCAGAGACAGAAAGGGCCAUAUUUGUACUGUGUGUUCUGAGCAUUUUGCCACGUUGGAAGAAUUGUAUGCCCACAUGGACAUCCACCAACUGCCAGAGUCCAGUAACCACAGUAAUAGUCCUUCGCUAUUGACUGUGGGUUAUACGUCUGUUUCAAGCACCACCCCAGACUCGAACCUUUCCGUAGACAGUUCAACCAUGGUGGACCCUGCCCCCACUGUGCCCAAGACGCGCGGAAGACGAAAGCGUGCCGCUCAGCAUGCCACCGAUAUUUGCGGACGACCUGCCAAACAGCCAAAAGUAGCUUACAGCUGCAUUUACUGCAACAAACAAGUAUUCUCAAGUCUAGCAGUUCUUCAGAUCCACCUAAAGACCAUGCAUGUGGACAAACCAGAGCAGGCCCACACCUGCCAGUUCUGCCUGGAGGUUCUCCCAUCUCUGUUCAACUUGAAUGAGCAUCUGAAACAGGUCCACAAUGCUGAAGAUCCUUCUGCCUUACUCGCUAGCCUGUCUGAUUCCCUGCUGCAGUGCAACUUUUGCCCAGAGAUGCUUGGAGACCUCAAUGCCCUGCAGGAACACAUCCGGUGUUCACACGGCUUUCCCAGUCCAGUGGCCAAAGAAAGCAAUGCCUUUUUCUGCCCCCAGUGUUUCAUGGGAUUUUUGACCGAGGCCACUCUGGAAGAGCAUGUCCGACAGACGCACUGUGAUUCUGGUAGCUUGCGAUUUGACUCUCCUCUAGCAGUUACUCCCAAAGAUCCCAUUGUGGAGGUCUAUUCUUGCUCGUACUGCACCAACUCCCCCAUCUUCAACAGUGUUCUGAAGCUGAACAAACACAUCAAAGAGAACCAUAAGAACAUCCCAUUGGCACUAAACUAUAUCAACAACGGGAGAAGAACCCACAGAGCACUCAGCCCUUCGUCUCCCAUAUCGGUAGAGCAGACCAUGCUGCUCAAACAGGGUAGCACCUCUUCCCGUUCAUCGAGUGAAUUCAUCUGUAAUCAGUGCGGUGCCAAAUACACUAGUCUAGACCUUUUCCAGACGCACCUGAAGACUCACCUUGAUGGUGUGCUGCCACAGCUCACCUGUCCGCAGUGCAACAAAGACUUCCCCAACCAGGAGGCCCUGCUGAAGCAUGUGACGGUCCACUUCACGAUCACCUCCACGUACUACAUCUGCGAGAGCUGCGACAAGCAGUUCACCUCAGUCGAUGAUCUGCAGAAGCAUCUUCUUGACAUGCACACCUUUGUGUUCUUUCGCUGCACUCUCUGCCAGGAAGUAUUCGACUCGAAAGUGUCAACUCAGCUCCAUCUUGCAGUCAAGCACAGCAACGAGAAGAAGGUCUACCGCUGUACUUCGUGUAACUGGGAUUUCCGACACGAGACUGACCUUCAAGUGCACGUCAAGCACAGUCACUUGGAGAACCAGGGCAGAGUGCACCGCUGCAUAUUUUGCGGUGAGUCCUUCGGCACGGAAGUGGAGUUACAGUGCCAUAUUACCACACACAGCAAGAAGUACAACUGCCGCUUCUGCAGUAAAGCUUUCCAUGCCAUUAUCUUGCUUGAACGUCACUUGCGUGAGAAGCAUUGUGUGUUCGAGGGUAAAGCCCAGAAUUGUGGAACCAACGGCUCUACGAGCGGUGGUGGCGACUCGGUUGCCAAAGAUGACUCAGAUCUGCAGGGUAUCCUCACCAAUAGCCAUGGAGGUGCUGGUACAGGGGAGUCUCACAACAGCCACGAUGGCAGCGAAGAGGACGUUGAUUCAUCUGAGGUUAUGUACAGCUGUGACAUUUGCGGGGCAUCUUACACCAUGGAGUCCCUCUUAACCAAUCACCAGCUUCGGGAUCACAACAUCCGUCCGGGGGAGAGUGCCAUACACAAGAAGAAGGCAGAAAUGAUCAAGGGCAGCCAUAAAUGUAACGUUUGCUCUAGAACGUUCUUCUCUGAGGCUGGGCUCCGGGAACAUAUGCAGACCCAUUUGGGACCUGUUAAACACUACAUGUGCCCCAUUUGUGGAGAGCGUUUCCCUUCUCUGCUUACCCUGACAGAGCAUAAGGUCACGCAUAGCAAGAGCCUGGACACCGGCAGCUGCCGAAUCUGCAAGUUGCCACUGCAUAGCGAGGAGGACUUCCUGGAGCACUGUCAGAUGCAUCCAGAUUUGCGCAACUCCCUGACUGGCUUCCGCUGUGUGGUCUGCAUGCAGACAGUCACCUCCACCUUGGAGCUCAAGAUCCAUGGUACCUUCCACAUGCAGAAAACAGGAGCCAUGUCCACGAAUCACCCUAGUGUUCGGUCAGUCGUUACACACCACCACCACCACCAGAGCCAGAAGCUCUUUAAGUGUGCUUCUUGCCUAAAGGAGUUCCGCUCUAAGCAGGACUUGGUGAAGCUUGACAUCAACGGACUGCCCUACGGUCUGUGUGCCUCCUGUGUAAGUGCUGCUGGUAGCAAGAGCUCCAGCCCAACCAUAAACGGUGGGAAGCAGCAACAUCUAGGCAUACAAACACCUGCCAUCUCCGCUGCUGGUUGGACCCAAGGAGAGAGUCUGAGCCCUAGUGGGGUGAAGGUGAAGGGAACCUCCUAUUCCACAUCAUCCAAUUCGUCCACAUCCUCCACGGUUGCCAAGACGCGGUGCUCCAGCUGCAACGUGAAGUUUGAGUCGGAGGCCGAGCUGCAGACGCAUCUUUCAACAGUGCACAGGGAUCAGACUGGAGAGGGCAGCGGAGGUCAACUGAGGACCCCUCAAGGAUCCCCCAUGCCCAGAGUGAGCCCAUCACAAAGUGAAGAGAAGAAAACCUACCAGUGCAUAAAGUGUCAAAUGGUCUUCCACAGCGAAUGGGACAUUCAGGUUCAUGUGGCUAAUCAUAUGAUUGAAGAGGGGCUGAACCAUGAAUGUAAGCUGUGCAGCCAAACGUUCGACUCUCCGGCCAAGCUGCAGUGCCAUCUGAUCGAGCACAGCUUCGAGGGCAUGGGAGGAACCUUUAAAUGUCCAGUCUGUUUCACAGUAUUUGUUCAGGCGAGUAAGCUCCAGCAGCAUAUCUUCUCAGCUCACGGUCAGGAGGAUAAGAUCUAUGACUGCUCGCAGUGCCCACAGAAAUUCUUCUUCCAGACAGAGCUUCAGAACCACACGCUGAGCCAGCACAGCAGCUAAGGAAGCCAGUCUGAAGAAGACGACAACAACAGAGAGUCAUGACUGACUGCAUCUGGACCCGAAUCAACCAAUCAUUGUGCUCUUUUGUCAAUUUUUGCACUGAACUUUUCGUUUCAGUAACAAAAAUCUAAAAAAACUAAGAAAAAAAAAAAAACAGGAUUGAGAGCAAGAAGGCCAGUGAGAGGAAGAUCUUUGUGAAUCUCGGUGUUUAAUAUCUGACCAUAUUUGUAAAUACUGUUCUCUUUCUGUGUUACUGUUUGUCAGCUCUUAAGCGUUCUUGCGGUUGCCAUUGUACAUACUGUUUGUUUUGAGGAGAGAAAAAAGUAUUAAGAUUUGUCUAACCGUUCCGAUUGGACGAGCCAUCAGCCGGAGACCUUCGGAAUCAGAAGGUUCAGAAGGACAUUUUUUAAAGGCGCCGACAACCGUUGUAAGUCCAGACGUGCGUGAUGCAUCCUGUCAGACCCCGCGGGAUGGACUGCUUGAUCACCAGCAUGGCCUGUGCAUUCAUACGUCUGUAAAAGUGUUUCUUUUUUUUAAAUGAAAGACAAAAACGACACACCUCAGUUGAAGUAGGUGGAGCCAUCGUCAUGGAUCAUAAAGAUUACAGAGACUAAAGGACAGAGAAGAUACUUGAUAUAUGCAAAAAAAAAAAAGAGAAACGUUUCUCAUUAAACAGAAAAGAUAUAAAAACAAGCUCAAGGCUUUGUGAUGGCGAGAACUCACAGCUUUAAAGCUGUAUUCGAAAGCCCACUGAAGCGACUUGUACAUUUCUGUUAUUAAUGUUUACCCCUCGCCUGAAGUCCGGAUAUGACUGGAACCCUCCUCCCUCUGCCUCUUUGUUCAGGGCAGUGUGCGAUGAGGGAACGGAUAAAUUCAUGCUCUUCAUUCUCUGUUUCGGCUCUGUUCUGGCUGCUGUCAUCAUUUCACAGUCCUCUCGUGAGGUUCUGGCCACAAAAUCUAAAAAAGAAAAGAAAAAUAAGUGUUCUCCCAAUUUCAUAAGUCAUUGCUGUUGCUAUGCUAUUGCUCUAUAGAUGCUGUGAGACAUCAUGCUAAUAUGUACAGUAUACUCAUGGAUCUCUGGUAUAUACCAGUUUUGCAUUAAGUAAAUCCUGAAAUGCACUUUUAUAACACUCCAUACUUUCAUGGAUGUUUGUGUUGGGAAAAAGGCGCUCGACCAGUGACUACCGACUCAGCCACAAGACUUUGGGAAAUCAAAAAUUUUACCAAGGGCGACAACUUCUGGUGUUAAUGGGGAGAAAAAUGUUAUAUACAAAUAUUUACCGGGGUCUGAAUUUGCUAGACCUCUUUUUUGUGUUCUCAUGUGAUGAAAACAUUAAAAUUGUAUGAUGAU